CAAACCCACCGCCUCCACAGCCUCUCCCUUCCUCUCUGUGCACUGCCGCCGCCAUCUCCCUUUCUCUUCGCUUCACCGGCCGGCGCGCGCCAUCGGCAACGACGAACGACCCCAUGGCCGACGCUGCCACGGCCUCCUUUUUCUCUAUCUUUCACCGGCCAAGCUUCAUCUUCAAUCGGCCCAUAGGAAAACCAACGCCAUGGCCGAGAAAAGCAGCUCAACUGAUCGGCCAUGGCAUGAAUCGACCGACGGCGAGAGGGAGAGCAAGGCGGGCAGAAACAGUGGGUGCUUCCAUGGCCGCCGCCGACGCGCGCUAUCGGCGACGACGAGCGACGCCACAGCCGUCGCUGCCACUGCCUUCUCCCUUCUCCGGAUCUGCCUUUCCCGCUCUCUCCAUCGACCCUCUUCGGACAUCCAAACGUAGAUCAGUUAGAAGUAGGAGGAAGGUAAAAGCAGAUGGUCCAGAUGAUGAUGUUAUGUCGUCUGUAAAUGGUGAUGCUACAAAUCUGGAAAAUAGUAAGCCUUCAACAACAGAUGAAAAAUCAAAGAAAUCCAGACAAAGAACUCGAAGGAAAGCUGAAUCAGUUUCCAACAGUCUGGGGGAGGAAAAGGUUGAAAAGAAGGUAACUAGAAGGAGGAGGACUAAGAAAAAGCUUGUUGAUACAGAGGAUGAAGGGAGGGAGAUGCAACUCAGUGAUCGGGAAGGGGAUUCAUUCAUUGAAAAUGAGGAAGAUGAAUAUGAUGAAAACCUAGGAGUUGGGAAAGAUGAGGAAGAUGACAUUAGCUUUACCUAUGGAUGGCCUCUUCUUGUAUGUUGCUUUGGGGCUGUUCAGCAUGCUUUUGUGCCAUCUGGAAGGCCAGCCAAUAGACUUGUAGACCAUGAAAUGCAUGAAAAAAUGAAAGAUGCACUGUGGACCCCUGAGAAAUUUGUGAGGGCACCAGGGGGAUGUGCGAGUAAUGUUGCAGUUGCUCUUGCAAUCCUGGGUGGUAAAGUUGCCUUAAUGGGAAAAAUUGGGGAUGAUGACUAUGGACAAUCUUUAUUAUAUUUCUUAAACAUGAACAAUGUUCAAACCCGAUCGGUUCGCAUUGACAGCAGAAGAGUAACAGCAGCAUCACAGAUGAAAAUUGGUAAGAGGGGUGGCUUAAAAAUGACUUGCCUCAAACCAUGUGCAGAGGAUUCUUUAACAAGGUCUGAGAUCAAUAUUGAUGUAUUGAAAGAGGCAAAGAUGUUUUACUUCAACACAUUCUCCCUGCUUGACCGGAACAUGAGAUCAACUACAUUGCAAGCCAUCAAGAUGUCUAAGAAAUUAGGAGGAAUUAUAUUCUAUGACCUUAACCUUCCAUUGCCACUAUGGCAGUCUUGUGAAGAGACCAAAAUGUUCAUACAACAGGCGUGGAAUCUUGCUGAUAUUAUUGAGGUCACCAAGCAAGAACUUGAAUUUCUAUGUGGAAUAAAGCCCACUGAGAAUUUUGAUACUAGAGAUAACCAAGUACCUAAAUUUGUUCAUUACACACCAGAAGUAUUGACUCAACUUUGGCAUGAAAAUCUCACAGUUUUAUUUGUGACAAAUGGGACUUCUAAGAUACAUUAUUAUACAAAGGAGCAUAACGGUGUUGUACAGGGAAUGGAGGAUGCACCUCUCAGCCCUUUCACUCAGGAUAUGUCAGCAUCUGGGGAUGGCAUUGUUGCAGCUCUGAUGAGGAUGUUAAUCGCACAACCUCAUUUAAUCACUGACAAAGGAUACUUGGAACAGACUAUCAAGUAUGCCAUUAACUGUGGAGUGAUUGACCAAUGGGCACUAACAAGGACAUGUGGCUUCCCUCCCAAAGAAGGUAUGGAAGAUGAUGUUGAGCCCGACCCAAAUGGCAUAAGGUCAAUUACCGAGAAAGAAUACCGUACGCGAGUGCCCGUCAGUUGACCAAAGUUGGUGCUUUAAUUCAUAGAAGUUAUUGUAUUUUUUCUGCUUUUAACGGGCUAAGAUUUGUCUAAUCCUUGUAAAAUAGAUUAAUUUUGUUUUUUCAUUAAUUUUUUGCAAUUGUUGUUACAUCGUAAAGCUGUCGACGAAAUUUGAAGAAUACCAAUUUUGAAAUAUAAGGUUAGUAAUAA